AUGAUAACAUAAUUCGGCUUGGGGUCUGGACAAGUAAACCGAAGGGAGUUUCUGUUUCACUUUGUCAAAAAGCUCGGGGACAGGGACAAGUUUAUUAAAAAAAGAGUCGGUUUAUAGUUUGUACGGAAAGGCCAGGGGACCAACCGUUUCGAACUGGGCUUGAGUUUCGGUUGUGGCGUCAAAGUUCUUUCCUUUCCCUUUCGCUCCCUCGUUUCUUUCCCUUCCGGAUUCCGUCCGUCUCUGGAUUUGUUGUAAUGGCAGAGACCUCUGUUCUCUCUUUCUCUACAUUUUCUACCAUUCCUUCUGUUUUUCGAUCCGGAGAAUCCUAUUUCUCUCCGUCGACUUCUUUUUCGAGAUUCCCCAUCUCGCGUUCUCCUCACCCUCGUUUGCUUCGAUUCACCGUCAAAUCCUCCGAUUCUGGUAGCUUCUUCGGCGAAGAUUCACCCGGUUUCUUUCCCUGGUCCGAUGGCGACGACGAUAUUCAAUGGGUUCAAGAGGAAAGAGUUACAUUGUUCACCGCUGAUGGGCUCAUCCAGAUUGGAGGCUCCAUGGUUCCUCGACGUUUCAUUUCAGCCAAGAAGCAAGGGAUUACUAAAAACUCUAAAAAAACUCAACGUUUUCAAGAGAGUGAUUACAUGGAUCCAAAGCAGGAACUGUGCCUGGGUGCACUUUUUGAUAUUGCGGCAACCAAUGGAUUAGAUUUGGGCAGAAAGCUUUGCAUCUUUGGAUUUUGCCGUUCAAUUGAGAUGCUAAGCGACGUUGUGGAAGACACAGUCUUGGACAAUGGUGGAGAGGUGGUUGUUGCUGAGAAGGCAAGCAAAGGUGGUUUGCAUGAAAGGCUAACCAUGACCGUAGCUGUGCCGUACCUUUGGGGGGUUCCUCCUGUUUCUGAAACACUUCACCUUGCUGUUCGCAGUGGCGGAGGGAUUGUGGAGAAGGUGUAUUGGCAAUGGGAUUUUUUGUAGAUUGGUCAUUAAUCCUUCUAACAUUGUCAACACAUGUUGUACAUAAAUGUGUUGCAUUCCUCUGUACAAAAUUAAAGUGAAAUACUGUGUACAUGUCCAGUGAAAUUUGAUGUCAAUAUCAAUCGAUUGUUUUCAGUCA